GCUCUCUCUGCCCGAAGGAAAUGCAUGGUCACCGUCACUGCUCAUAGGGUCCUAAUUUUCACUGCAAUUUAUUAUUUUUAUUUAUUCUUAAUUCGUUACAAUUUUGGUAUCUAUUAAAUUCCGUCGCCGAACUGGCGGCGUGAAUCCCAUCGGCGUCUGCUUCGAGGUAGACGAUCUGGUUCGCUUCUCUCUCUUCUCUCUCUCUCUCUCCUCCCUUGGAGAAAAGAACCGUGCGAGCGUCGGGGCCAUGUUUCUGGUGGAUUGGUUCUAUGGCGUCCUGGCCUCGCUCGGUCUUUGGCAGAAGGAGGCCAAGAUAUUGUUCCUAGGGCUCGAUAAUGCCGGGAAGACCACGCUGCUCCACAUGCUCAAAGAUGAGAGAUUGGUUCAGCACCAGCCCACCCAGUACCCGACGUCGGAAGAGCUGAGCAUCGGGAAAAUCAAGUUCAAAGCUUUUGAUCUGGGAGGCCAUCAGAUUGCUCGCAGAGUGUGGAAAGACUAUUAUGCCAAGGUGGAUGCUGUGGUUUACCUUGUGGAUGCCUAUGACAAGGAGAGGUUUGCAGAGUCUAAGAAGGAAUUAGAUGCGCUUCUUUCUGAUGAAGCCCUAGCCAAUGUCCCAUUUCUCGUAUUGGGAAAUAAGAUAGACAUACCUUAUGCUGCCUCGGAGGAUGAGCUGCGAUAUCACCUUGGCCUGACCAACUUCACUACUGGCAAGGGAAAGGUAAACCUUGUGGACUCAAAUGUUCGCCCACUGGAAGUAUUCAUGUGCAGCAUUGUCCGCAAAAUGGGGUAUGGAGAUGGUUUCAAGUGGGUUUCUCAAUACAUCAAGUAGAGGAUAGUUUGGACGAGGCGCUCUUGUUCUCAAACAACCCCAGUUUGAUCACACUAUGACAUAAAUAUAUUCAUCCCUGUUAUACUCUUAAGUCAGUUUUAAGCUGGAUGUACCUUGUCAUGGAUAUGUCUGGAAGGUGAAUUUACGUUGGUUCUCUGGCUACUCAUUCUGUGAUUCUCUAGCUUCCUUAUAGGUUUGCCAUCAAAUCCUAGAAUUCAUAUAGGGAAGCCGGAAAAUAGGGAAUCAACCUUUUCAAUCAUGAUAUGUCUCAAUGCAGAAACAGACUCUACUUUCUGGUAGCUUUUGUUAACUGAAUGAACUGCAAUUAGCUUUGGAUGGAAGUUGUAGGGUUCAUUUA